AUGUCGAGCAGAGCGGGUGGUUUGUAUGGCGGCAUCCAGUUUUCGUCAGGCGUAACGCUCAACUUUUCUUCGUCCGUCCCAACACCUGCCCAACCUUCAAAGUCACCAGAACACACUCUAACACCCGCAGUCAACACAACCGAACAGACGGGAAAUGUACAACCCAGCACAUGCAAAACAGAACGAGGAAAAGCUGGCUCCGAGGGAUCGGGAGGAGGAGGAGUAGCGGGGGAACCAGCGUCAAAGUUGGGGUCUGGGUCAAAAGCUACAGCCGGAUGGUCUGCUGCACUCGCUUUUGCACCAAGAAGGACAGCACAGAAGCCCAAACCACCCGCACCCGUUCAACGUCUGCCCGUCGGCGCCACCACGGUAGCCGCCACCCCUGCAACGAUACCUGGCGUACCUCCCCCACCUAUCAACAGCUCUUCGUCGUCCACAGUUUCUGCGACCGCUGUCAUAUACGCCCCUCCAGAACUCAUCACCCCCAACACUGAUCAAGCAGAGGACAAAGAAGACGCAGCCAGCGCGGCAGGGUGGCGCAAGAAGGAAGGAUGGGGCAAAAAAGUAAAACCACCAUCGAUGGUACUUGACGAGGAUAUCAACGGAUUCAGAACACAACAGAGGCAACGGAGAGGAGGGGGCGGUAAGAAAGGGAAAAAGAACAAGAAUGCCCAGCCGAUCGCGAUGUGGGAUCCUUAUGAACAGUACGAUCCACUCAGGCCGAACGACUAUAACGAGUAUAAGAUAUGGAAACAACGGGAGCGGGUCGACAGAGCGACAGAGCGAGCUGCCGAACGAAAGCGCGCCCGCGAUGCCCGGGACAGAGGUAGUGAUUAUACAGACAGCGGCAGCGAAGAUGAUCGACCCAGGAAAUCCGGGAGAUUCGACGACAACGACACCUUUGACCACUGGUCUCGUGCGGACGACGACCGUCUGCGUGGUCCCAGCGUCCACGAACCGCUUUCAGCGCCUGUGGACCGUAACAUGUCUGGUGAUGAUGCGUAUAUGCGCCGUCUCGCGAUGUCGCAGGGCACCUCAGCUACUAGCGCGCCUUCGCCUCCUCCGGCACCCGCGGAUCGAAAUUUGUCAGGCGAGGAAGCAUACCUUCGCCGUCUGGUGUUGUCAACUCGGGGUAAAGCUGUGCGACGCAGUCCAGAACUGGCAGCUACAGCAUCAAACACGGUGAACAUGGAGGAGGAGCACGACGAAGAUGCGAUCCCUGGUCUUGGGAUGACUUCGAAAAUGGACGCGGACGCCGACGUUCCUGGGGCGACCGAUGGUCCCACUGCAUCACCUUUUCGAGCUGAAACAGGCGACGAGGCCUACCAACGGCGUCUUACCAUGUCCCGUGGCUUGCAGCCGACUGCACCCCCGUUCCAACCCUCUUUUCAAUCCUCUGUUCAGGCCGCGCCGUCUCCUCCAGUCCAAUCGCCUCCACCACCUUCCCCUCCUCGCAUGGCCUACAACCCAUUUACACCACCCUCAAGUGUCCCACCGCCACCCGCAUCCAGCCAACAACCACAAAGGCCAAGCGGUUUCGAGGACAAGAUCAAGCAAGCUGCUAGCAUUGCUGCUAAGUUAAGUGCCCUUGCGCCACCUGCGAGUCUGAGCACCAGUGCGGAUGGCAGCGCCAACGGGACGCCCGAGCCGGCUGCUGCUUCCAGUGCUACCACUGAACAUGGCGGGGCGAAAGGACCUGGCCCACAUGGUUUUGCUGCUCGCCUGAUGGCAAAGUGGGGUCACAAAGAAGGGCAAGGGCUUGGUGCUGAUGGGUCUGGCAUCGUCAACGCCCUUACCGUAGAACAGAUCGCCGCUCAAGGUAAAAACAAGAAAGGUCAAGCUCAGAGUGGGAAAGGCGGCACAUCUAUUGGGUCGAAAAUGGGAAGAAUUAUCAACGACAAUGAAGACGCCAGAGCCAAGGAGGACAAGGCCAGGUUCGGAGAACCUAGUCGGGUGGUCGUCCUCACGAAUAUGGUGGAUCCAGAGGACCUGGACGACGGUGAACUUAGGAAUGACAUUGGCGCAGAGUGCUCUAAGAAUGGCACUGUCGAGCGCGUGAUACUCCAUCCUGCAUUCCCACCUCCGGAAAAUCCUGAAGAGGCGGUGCGCGUGUUUGUCGUGUUCGCUGGACCCUCUGGGGCGUGGAAGACAGUGCGAGAGAUGGAAGGGAGGUACUUUGGAGGACGUCUGGUGAGGGCGAGGUAUUAUCCUGAGACCGCAUAUAGCCAGCAUAAUCUGGACGCUCCGCUUCGGUGAUUUUCUACUAUCUAUUGGUUUGACUUCUUAUUUUCGUCGUAUUUUCAAUGUGAUGCAGGUUUCUCCCCUCAGCGUUGCGACUGUUCCAUAUAACAAUGCAUGUGCAAGAGCCGAAAAAAAGACCUAGCGCUAGACAAAUAUUGGUAUAUCACACAAGAUGUUACAAUCGUAUCC